AUGAAUAUAGGCGAUGCUAGUAAUGUUCAAAUCUUAAGUAAUCUUUUUGAAACUGGAGAUGAUUCUGUAGCAAUGGGUACUGGACAAGGAAAAAAAUCUAAUUCUCCGCCUGUAGAAUUUGUUGUUAUUAGAAAUAAUUAUUUCCGGCAUUCACAUGGAUGCUCCUUUGGUGGUAAUCUUGGAGAUUGGGUACAAGAUGUCCAAAUUGAGGAUAACAUUUUCCUUAUGUCUGAUAAUGGUAUUCGAAUGAAGGCAACAAAAGAAAUUGGUGGAGGUGUUAGAAAAGUUUGUAUUAGAAAUAUUGGAAUGAAAGGAGUUGGGACAACAAAUUCAUUUACAUAUAAUGGCAAAACUUUGUCUGGAAAUACAAUUAAUGGAUAUCCACUAAUAUUUACAUUAAAAUACAGUGAUGGCAAAGGUCAAUUCCCUCCAGCAGAUAUCUCCACACAAUAUCUUAAUAUAACAUUAAAAGAUCUGAGUAUUGAUCAAAUAGACACAAACCACGCUUCUGGUUGUAUUUUGAUUGAUGGAACUCCAAAUUAUAUGCAUACUAAUUUUGAAUUCAAGAAUAUAAAAAUCAAAAAUUCUCUUCAAGCAAAAAUCAGUCAAUUAAAAUUAAGCGUUUUUGAUACACUCGAAACUGAAAACAUUGGUGGAGAUCCUCCUUUUAAAUUUGCUCAAUGUAGUAAAUUAACAUUCAGCAAUGUUCCAGAAGUAAUUAAUCCACAAAGCAAUUAUAGUUAA